AUGCCCCCAAAGACCCCAGCGUGGAAGAAAAUUGGCCUCAAGGUCCAAAAUGAGAUUUUGAAUGACCCCUUUAGUGUGGAACAUUUAGAAGGAGCUAUAAAAACCACAAAGAAACGCACACGAGAGCCUGUCAAAAGUGAGCCUGAGGGGAGUAAGAAGGCUCCAAAGAGAAAGAAGUUACCCAAAUCAGAAAGGCCACCCCCACCAGAAAAAGAUCAGCUUGCUUAUCUUAGACAGUUUCAUGAGGAUAGAGAUAAUUGGAAAUUUUCCAAGCAGAAACAGAACUGGGUGUUGAGACACCUUUCUGUUAUUCCUUCCGAGUAUGAGGCAGCUCUAAGUAGUUACCUGGAGGGAAUGCAGGGGCAAUCUCGAGACCGUUUGGUUGGAGAGUUCAAAACGGUUGUAGAACGAUGGAAUGCGUUCUGUGAGCAAGCAGAGCAGAAGCUGAUAAAGCAACUUGAGGAAAACGUAAAGAACGGACAGACCAAGGAAGAGGCAGAGGAAAAGGAAGGAGAAGAUGAAGAGAAGGAGACAAAGGAAGAGAUCAAGGCUCCUGAGUAUGAUUAUGUGAUCAGAGCCAGCAGAUUGUUUAAUGUUCUUACUGGAGAGAAGAUAUACGUGAAAAACGUCGAAAUGGAGGAAGAGAAGGAGGAAGAGAAGGAGGGGGAAGAAAAAGAUUUAGUAGAGGAAGAAAAACAGGAAAAUGAUGAAAAAGUAGAGGAAAUAGAUCAUAAACAUAAAUCAAAAGACAGGGAAGAUGCAGAGGAUGUUAGGGAUGAAGGUUUGAGCAAUUUAAUUGUGGAGAAGGUCGAAGUAACCGAGUUUAUUGACGAUACUGACUAUUUGGACAAAGAUGAAAAGGACGCAGAGGAAUCCGAGGCUACUAAUGAAGAUAAGCAGGAUGAGGAAACCGAAAAGAAGGAGAAGAAGGAGAAGAAAGAAAAGAAGGAGAAGAAAGAAAAGAAGGAGAAGGAGAAGAAGGAGAAGAAGGAGAAGAAGGAGAAGAAGGAGAAGAAGGAGAAGAAGGAGAAGAAGAAAGAAAAGAAAGAACGAAAAUCUACCUGA